AGCCGGAAGUGACGCCGCGCGCCGUGUGCCCCGCGAGCAGCAGCCAUGCGGCCGCGCGCGGAGGGGCCGUACGUGGUGGGGCAGGUGUCGGGCAGCCUCGGGGCGCGCGCCGCGCCGCUCGCCAGCCUGUUCCGCGGGGCCGCCGCCCCCCCCGUGCUGGUGCCCGCGGGAAAUAAGAAAAGAAAGCGUGCACAAGAAGUAGAGAAAGUAUCAGGAGACCCGAGCUCAUCUGUUGCACAGGAACCUCCUGUAAAAACAAAGAAAGCCAGGAAGAAGGAACUUUCGGAAGCAGAGAAAAAAUUGGCCAACAGAGAGAGCGCUUUGGAGCAGGCAGAUGAAGAGGAGGAGCAAAAAGUGGUUCGGAACAAAGUGAAGCCAAAAAAAGGGGCUUCUCUUGCCAUCGUGAGAAGUGUUGCUAAUUCAGAUGUAGGCACCACUGUGAAAAAACAGAAGGAAAAAACAGUGGCUGAUGAAUCAGUAAACAGAAGAACUGUGUUUGUUGGAAACUUGCCUGUCAGCUGUACUCCCCAGGAACUGAAAUCUCGUUUUAAAGCCUAUGGACAAAUAAAAUCCAUUCGAUUCCGAUCAUUGGUUCCAGCAGAAGAUACUUUAUCCAAAAAGUUAGCAGGAAUAAAGCGUAAGGUGCAUCCUAAUGCGAAGUUCAUUAAUGCUUAUGUUGUAUUUAAGGAAGAAUGUGAUGCCGUUAAGGCCCUAAAGGAAAAUGGAACAGAAAUAGCUAGUGGAUUUCACAUCAGAGUUGACAUUGCAUCGAAAACCAGUUCACAUGACAAUAAACGGUCUGUAUUCUUGGGAAAUCUGUCAUAUGACAUCAGUGAUGAUGCUGUGCGAGAACACUUCUCUGUCUGUGGAGGUGUUGUAGCAGUGCGAAUUGUGAGAGACAGAAACACUGGCUUGGGUAAAGGCUUCGGCUACGUUCUCUUUGAGAAUACAGAUGCUGUACAUCUUGCUCUGAAACUCAAUGACUCUGUUCUGAUGGGAAGAAAGAUACGAGUGAAGCGCUGUGGAGAGAAGUGGAAAGCACCACAGAAAGGUCCAAAUCGGUCUCGUGCUCCUAAGGACAGAGUUGAUACCACAUCAAAAACCAGGAAGAGCUCUAAUGAUUCGUUUGUGGGUGAAAAAGCGAUCCCAUUAAAGAAGAGCACUAAAUCAAAAAGACUAAAAACUAUUCCUAAAAGAAAAGCUGGGAAAAACAAACAGUCUUCUGAUAAAAAUCAAAAGUAUAAAAGUGUUUAAUAUUGCUAUAAGGAUUGAUGUAUCCCAUCAUAAAAGUUUUUUACUAAUA